UUGUUCAAUGCAAGAAAACAGUACUGAAGUGUUUUUCAGCGCUGACUCGCGUUGAAAUUGCGCGUAUUAUUCAGUUGAUUUUAAUGCAAUUCGUGACUAUAUGUACAUAUGUAUGUAAUAUUGAGCACAAAUAUGGAUAUUAAUUUAUUGAUAAGUGAAGUUUUUGCUCGCCCUGCUCUAUGGGAUCGAAAAAAUAAAAAUUAUCACAAUAGACAACUGGUUGAACAUCUAUGGAAAUCAGUUGCAAGAGAAAUGAAUUUAAAGAAGGAAGAGGUAAAGAAAAAAUGGAAGUAUAUUCGCGAUCAAUUUCGAGCUGAAUUACGUAAAAUAUCUGUUCCGAUAUCUGCAGAUAGUGCUAAUAUGGAAUCAGAUUUUAAUUCGAAGUGGCCUUACUUUAAACAACUAUUAUUUUUGAAAGACCAAAUGAAGCACCGGGAGCUAAGCGGAAACUUAAAGAAAAUAAGUACUAUUCCGGAUGAAAGUGGUAACGAAGAUCCACUAGAAGUAAAUGAUGAUAUAAGUAGCUGGAAUAUAUCUCCAGUCGAAGACACGGACGAUACCUGCGAUAAAUUUGAACUUAAUAUUCCGCCUCCAACGAAAAAGAAAUUUUUAAGCCACACAAAGAAUACUUCGCACCAAUUGGAAAUUGAAAAACGUAAAUUACGCUUAAUUGAAAAGAAACACUCAGAAAAAAAAGAACGAGAUGAAGAUCAGGCCUUUUUCGAGUCUCUUCUGCCGCAUGUUCGUAAACUGGAACCCGAAUCUAAAUUGUUAUGUCGAAUGGAUAUUCAGAAUACUGUAUAUAAUCACGUAUACCAAAAAUAUAAAAAACAUCCAAUAGUUGGCACAUACACCCAAACACCAAUUUCAAACGAUAAUUUACAAUAAGCAGUUGUAACUUCACCCAUCAGAACUCUUCAGGCCCAAAUGUGUUUACUUUGGAUUUGACGUGGACUCAACAGUUUCAGCCAAACUCUAUUACUUAAAUUGAAUAUGUGUAAACGUAUUAUACUUUUGUCUACUUCAACAACUUUUAAUUACCAGUAAAUCAUUUGUGUUUGAGUGCAAGUGCCUGUACAAUGUGAAGUAAAGUAAUAAUUUUAAUAAAAUUUAUAUUUCUCACUUUAUA